AUGCAUGUCCAUACUCGCCGAAGAAACGGUGACCUGCUGCCCGCCGCUUGGAUUCCGCGGGUUCUCCUAGCCCUGCUGCUGGUUGAAGCCGCUCCACGAAGCUUGGCGGCAACUGGCACCUGGCCUUUCACGGAAGCCAACACCCUGCCUCCGAUAGCCUACUUGCUACUUGUGACUAUCAUUGUUUCAGAAAUGUCCAUGCAUAUGUUAUGUGAGCAUGCAUGCACGCCAACUGCCAGUCAUUACUUGCAUUUCCGUCGUACGUUGUCGAUGCAUCCGCCUACCGAACCUGCUGCUGCCGCUUCUCCAUGUAUCCAGUAUGCCAGCAGUACCCUGGAUAUACCUCGAUACCGGAUGGACCGCUACGGUGACGAUAUCGGAUAUUAUGGGUCACACGCACUAGCCACAUGCAACAGCAAUCCCAGUUGCAAGGCCUUUAACACCAACGGCUGGGUCAAGAGGAGCGCCACGCCGCAGAUUCCCUGGUGGGGCUCGUGUUUGUACGUGAAGAGUGGCAGCAAUGUUCGACCAUCACCCUCGCCGGGGGCGGUGGUGUCCACAGCCGGUUGCUCGGAUGCCGGUGCAACGCUGACGCAACAUAACACGUACCGAGCGAGGCAUAGCGCCGCUGCCCUCGUCUGGGAUGAGACCCUCGCCAAGCAGGCCCAGGCCUGGGCCCAAGCCCUGGCUAGCGGCUGCCGCAUGCAACAUUCCGGUGCACAGGGGGUGGGAGAGAAUCUGUACCUUAUGAGUACAACAGCCGGUGUGAACCCGUCGGCGCUCCGGUGCAUCGAUGCCGCCAACUCAUGGUACUCUGAGGUCAGCAAAUACAGGUUUACCAACUACCCAUGGAACGACAACCGAGCCAACUUUGGCAACAUCGGGCACUUCACCCAGGUGGUGCGGAAGUCCAGCACCACGCUGGGCUGUGGCGCGGCAGCUGGCGGGGGCAACACAUGCGUGAUAGUGGUGUGCCGUUACAGGCCGCCAGGAAAUUACGCCACUGACGAUGAAUUCAGGAACAAUGUCCGGCCGCCCAUCAACUGAAGAGAGACUCGUGAAGAGGGCGGCUGGGAGAGUGCAAGGGGGUGUGUGGGCGUGUGGCUCCCUUCCAUCCACUCUGCGCGUCACAUGGAGACACAAACAGCAGCAUAUGCUGUAUGUGGAACAACGGCAUCUUCGCAGUUGGUUGUCACCAGUGUUUUUUUUUCGUUUUGGGCCUAGUACCCUAGAGUAAUGAACUGGGUGUUUCUUGCGGUUACAAUUCCUAUUUG